AUGGAUCGAAAGAAACUGAGUCUGGACUUCAGUCAGUCUAGGAAGGUUCCUCGAGUUGGCUUCAAGGAGCACAUUCUCAAGGAUAUCGAAUGUUCAGGGUUGGUUUCGAACUCAUCAAUCGUCAGCACGACCAACAUUUUACCGUCUCCAGAAUUUACUGGUAAUUUAAUCAAACUUGCCUCACCCGAGUAUGAUCGCAUAUUUGUCCCAUUAACACCGAUUCCAACUCCAGUUUAUCUACCGAACUCCAACUCAAAUUAUUGUGAUCAAGAAGCUUACGCAAAAGGUUUUGUUGAUGCGUUAAUUGAAUUGCAAAGACGCAAAAUGGCAAACCUCUGGCCAACAGCAACCCCGAUUCCAUCCAUCGUGACUCUAACUCCAGUUUCACCGUACACAGAGACUGGUGACGUUCAAUGUUCAGCUCCUAUUAAUCUUUCAACCUCAUUUAGGAACACUAGCUGCGAAAAUAUUAAAUUGAAAAAACAGACACUUGAAUCAACCCUACCUCAUCGUUAUACAAAUCAGCUCUCCUCUGAGGAAAGCAACAAGAAUGUACUGCCUCAACAGAUCGCAUCUCCGCCAUCAUUUUCAACACCCUCACCCAUCAUUUCACCAACAAACACAAAAAAAUUGCUACCGACUCAUUUACACAGCAUCAACAGUAAAAUAUCGACAUCGGUUAGUAAUCCAAUACCUGAGUUAGCCUCACCUAGUAACUCACUUUCUGAUAAGUCGGAGAAAGAGCUUGCCCGUUUAGCGAGAAGACGAGAAAAAAACAGGAAUGCGGCCAGGAAAUGCAGAACAAAAAAACUUGAAAGGAUAGCGAAUUUAGAAGAUAAAGUAAAAUUGUUGAAAGAUGAAAAUUCAGAUCUCCAAUCUGUCAUUGAUAGGUAUAAAAUAGAAAUUUUUAAUUUGCAAAGGGAUUUAUCAGAUCACAUAAACAACAAAACUUGUAAACUAUUUCCCAAUGGUAAGACGAGACAUUCAAAUGGUUAA